UCAUGGCGGUCCAAAUCCAUGUUGUUGUGGGUCAAAACCGGGGACCCUGGUCGCCCACCCAAACUGAAAUUUGAUCCAAUAGGAUCCCAUAGGGCGAUCAAGCUUAGGGCUUUGUUUCUUUGACCCACGGCCGCUCCUUCUAUCAAGUCAGCGUCCAACGACGUGGACUGGUGGACUCACGUGGCACUUCCGGGCUUCCGCGCUUCCGGUCGUCGUCCGGUCGACCGGCUUCGGGUCGUCGACCGGUCGUCGUCCGGUCGUCGUCCGGCGGAAGAUGGACAACACCAUCCCUGUGUUUCAUCGUUUGGCUGUCUCCCAAAGACAAAGACAAGGAGUGUCGGGUUAGUUUGCGGUUGCGCAGGAAAAGACAUCUAUUACUUGUACCAGGCACCAAAAACACACCGGGGGGUCUUGGACUUCGUGUAGCAGAAGAAGGCCGUUCAUCGCUUGGACGUUACCGUGCCUCAGGACUCUAGCUGCUUUGAAGGCUCGAAACAUAGGCCGUACACCCAGCGUCGGUCCAUUUGGAAAACCCACCGAACGUUGGCCAUGGCGCGAACUGCCGGCCUCUUGAUCCUGUUGGGCAUCCUGUGCCUCCCACGCGAGCUGAGCUUCCUUUUCGCCGGGCGCGGGCGCCCGCUGCACAUCGGGCGCCCCCAUUGGGUGCUGCGUGCGAAAGGGGAGCAGUCCGAAGAGCUGGUGAUUGGGAUGGCCUGUUCAGCGACCGUCACGAAUUUGAAGAAAGCCGGGGCCGACUUGGAUCUGCCUGGAAAGAAACCGGGCUGGAUCCAUAUCGGCCAACUGCAGGAGGGCUACACUGAGAAGGUGGAGGAUGUCUUGAGUGUUGGGAGGCAGAUCGAGGUCAGGGUCAUGAAGGUGAAAGAAGAUCAGGUGGAGGUGAGUGAGUUGCGAAGAAAACAAACAUAUAUAAUAUCAUAUAAUGUUGGAUCCUGAUUAGUAAAGGGGGGUCCCCCCCCCCCUCAAACAAAC